AUGAGAAGAUAUCGAAUAUUAAUUCUUAAUGGCCAUAGAAGCUAUUUGACUGUGGACUUUAAUCAUACAUGCACUGAGAAUAAUAUUAUUCUAAUCUAUAUACUAUCUUAUUUUCGUACAGGCCCUGCCUUUGCGAUCCCUGACGGCCUAGCCAAUCGACGUACUGAUGACGAACUCAAGCUAGGUGGAUACACUCCCAUGGAAGCUCAUGCUUGGAAGAAGGGCGGAUGCUUAUUGGCUCCUCCGGGGACCUUGGCAGGGCGAUGGGAGAGCCGACUCGCGUACGUCCAGGCACCGUGGCAUGAGCCUCCAAAGAUUAUGAUCGAUAAGCGAGAAAAGGCGAUAUCAGUGCAUAACGACAUCAUACGUAAGAAUGAGCAUAUCGCAAUAUACACAGACGGCAGUGGAUAUCAAGGCUAUAUUGGCACGUCCAUGGUCAUCCCGGCCUUUGGAAAACAACGAACAGAGUGUAUUGGUACGGAAGGCACCUCAACCGUGUAUGCAGCUGAGGCCUGCGGCAUCAAAUUUGCGCUUGAAACCACGCUUCAGAUCGCGGAUCAGAAUAUACAAACCAAGAAGCUAGUUAUCUUCUCAGAUAGCCAAGCUGCGCUCAGAACCCUCAUGAAUCCGCGUAUGGUCUCUGGCCAAACGUACAUUCAUGACUGUAUCGAUUCACUAAGAAAGUGCAUUGAUGAGGAUAUCGAUGUGACGCUGAGAUGGAUUCCAGGCCAUGAGGAUAUUCCCGGAAAUGAAGCCGCAGACAGGGCUGCAAAACGUGCAGCUCUAAUAGGUGCACGAAGGCAGAUUGUACCAGGAGAUAUGGACAACUGGACCAUACUCGCAGCAGCUGCAAAGCGUAGAAUACGCCAAUCAACCAAGGAUGCCUGGGAGAAACAGUGGGACAAGCAAAAGGCAGGGAAACCUACUAAAAAACUUGUCCCUCAGCCUUCCAAGCGCACACUCCAAUAUUGGACCUUUCUCCGUAAAGCAACAUCGUCAAUACUGAUACAGCUGCGUACCGAACGAAUCGGGCUGGCGCACUAUCUGUGGCGAAUCAACAGGCGAGAACAACCAUACUGUGCUUGCGGCCUAUCUGGUCAAUCAGUACGACAUAUCCUCAUGGAAUGCCCACUGUAUGAGAAUGAACGCGGUCUUAUGUGGUCACGAAUCAAGGGAUUCCGACGCACAACAGAUCUGCAGGCAUUACUCAGGGAAAAAAAGGCCGCAAUUGCAAUCGCGCAGUUCAUCAUUGAUACGCGAAUGCUUGAUCAAUUCCGUGAGGUAGAUCCGGAAGCAGUUGGCACCUAUGAAAGCGCAGAAACAGCGGCUCAAUUGGAGCCUGCAAAUGACAAGGACACUGACGUGGGAACAUGUACGAACGCGCACGCAGAUGACAUUUUUAUGAGGGAUACUGGAUAUGUGGAUUUGAAGCGAACUGGUGCAGUUCGGAGGACUUGA